AAACAAUUUGAGCGAAACAGCAUGCCGUAGCCCAAGCCGAGGAUUUUCACGUUUAAGUUAUGCCAUCAAUCUGGCAUUGAAGUAGCUGGCCUGCCGCUGCUGCCGCAAUGGGUGUCAAGGGCCUGUGGUCUGUGCUUGAGUCUGUGGGCGAACCAUGCCCGCUGUCAGAACUGGCUGAGCGCACAGUGGCCGUGGACCUCAGCGGCUGGGUGGUAGAAGCUGAGACAGCCAAGGCAUUGGCAGGCGCUGUCAACCAACCAUACCUGCGUAACCUGGUGUACCGCACCACUGCACUGCUCCUGCAGCACACACUGCCUGUGUUUGUGCUGGACGGAGCGGCACCCACCCUGAAACUAGCGGAGAUGGCUCGGCGGCAGGGCGGCGCGGCCACUGGCGGUGGUCGUCAGCAGCUGCGCGGCCGCCUGCGGCGCUGCGCCCGCCUUCUGGACGCUCUGGGCGUGCCACACGUCACCAGCGACGGCGAGGCAGAGGCGCUGUGCGCGCGGCUCGACGCCAGCGGCCGUGUCGAUGGCGUGGUGAGCGACGACGUGGACGCGGCACUGUUCGGCGCACGCACUCUGUACCGCCGUCUGAACGCUGGCAAAACGGGCGGAGAGGCGACGCGCUACUCGCUGCAGCGGGUCCGCGACGAGCUCGGCCUGGACUGCCAGCAUCUCCGCGAGCUGGCGCUGCUGCUGGGCUGCGACUUCCUGCCGGCCGGCCUGCCGGGCCUGGGCCUGCAGGUCUCCCAGCAGCUGGUGCGCCGGCUGGACGGCCGCCCGCUGCUGCCACAGCUCUCAGACUGGCUGCGGCAGCCCCCGCUCAGCACCAUGCCGGCAGUGGGCGAGCUGGGCCGCGCUCCGAGCCACUGCGUGCGCUGCGGCCACCCGGGCACGGAGACACGUCACCGGCGCGACAGCUGCGCGCUCUGCGACACUGUGGACGGCUGCACGGCCGCCGCCGAGUCGGCCGUCUGCCCGUGCGAGUGGCACCGGCAGCGGCGCAACGCCGAGAAGUACUCUGCCGAGCUGAAGGCGCGGGACUGCGCGCGCCGCUGUCCGGAGUACGAAGCUGCCGCUGCCGCAGCGGAGAGCGAGCUGAAGCGCUCGGCGCCGCUACCGGAGUGUGACAUCACCUGGAGACGGCCCGACCUGGCCCAGUUCACCACCCUGGCCGGUGAGGAGCUCGGCUGGACGGAGGAGCAGAGUCGGAAGGUGGCCGCGCCGCUGCUGGCCCGCUGGCAGCUGCGGCAUGGAGGAGGUGGCGGCGAGACGAGCCCUCUGCGAGCCAUCCAAGUGGUGCGCUUUUCCAAGCACCACCACAUCGACUGCUACCUGGUGCGCUGGCGGCUGGACGGCUGCCCGGAGGAACUGGAAACCCACGAGCCGCGGCCCCUUGUGGAGGCCGCGCUCAAACCGCUCAUCGAUGCCUUCCUCGAGACCAAAAAGCCGAAGAAGGCAGCGCCUCGGCGGCCACGGAAGACGAAGGCGGCUGCAGGGGCUGGACCCCAGGCCAAAGUCGCUACCGGCAGUCCGUCUAAACUCAUCACCGACUUCUUCCCGAUCAGGAAGAAGGCGGCGCCGGUGGUGGGGAAGGGGAUAUCUCCCUCAGAGGCGGCGGCAUCAUCAUCAGCUGGCGGAACUACGCCUAAUCCUGAUCCCUCGACUGCUCCGAGACGCCGAGCCGCCGGCGCGCGUCAUGCCAUGUCUCCGGAGUCGCCCGACUUGCCGAGACGCGGUCGAGCCGGAGACUCUCCGGCCUCGACCGACUCCGACGACUCCAGCCGCCCGAGCGAGGAGCUCGACUCUGACGGCAGCAUCGCCGACUUGUCCGCCAUCAUCGACGCCAUCACCCGGACACACAUCGCUGAUGACGCCGUCAUUGUCAUCAGUGACGAUGAUGACGAUGUCCUGGAGGUCAGUGAAUGUGUGCCGACCUCCCAAAGUCGCGCGCGGGACCCUGCCGAGCUGGGGACGGCCAACCGAGUCGAACCCGAGGCCUCCUCUAUUGGUGACAUUAGUGGGAAGGCGGCUCCUAGCCUCAAUGAUCCACGCUGUAGGCUGACGAGUAACGGUAGUGCCGUGGUGUCCCGGAUCUCUAAGACAGCGUGUCCCACUAGUGGGCCUGGUGGAGGAAGGGCGGAGAGGAGGUUUAGGGAUGGACAGAGCUCGAAUGCCUCGAGUGAGGGGGUGUUGAGUCCUGCCUCCCCGGUUAGCAGUACUGUGUCUCCGUCUGUCGCAAACACAGAGACCGUGUCAGAUUCAGAUAGUGAUACGGAGUAUGUGCCUUUGUUCAGAAGACUCGCGCUGGCGUAGCCGGAAGUCUAUGCUUAUUCUCAUUCAUGCCUGCUGUACAUCAUACAUGCUAUGCGUAGUCAUACCUUGAUGCCCACUUUGGCACAUUAUCGAAUCGAAUCAUCUUCUUUUCGUUUGUUCUAUAUCAUAAUUUAUCAUCUUCUCCAUCAGUACAGAGCUGUCUGAUCAUGCUAUGUGAUUGCAUGCAAUACAAAUGUGAUUUGUAUAG